AUGUGCGACGAGUUGUGCAACCGCGCGUCAAAGCAGCUGCAUGCGAGCGACACCGUCAUCACGAUGGGCUGCAGCAACACGACGCGGCACUACCUGCUGCGCGCCCUCGCGGCGGGUGUGACGUUCAAAGUCAUCAUUCUCGAGGGCGCGCCGUGGCCAGCCUCCGCGACUCACAAGCUGGCGAGUGAGCUGCGCGGCAUGCAGGCGGAGGUGCAGGUGCUGCCCGACAGCUCCGCCUUCGCGGUGAUGGGGACCUGCACGAAGGUCCUCAUUGGCGUUGAGAACGUACUGGCGAACGGCGGGCUGUUGGCGCCCAUCGGCACGCACCCGCUCUGCAUCGCGGCAAAGCACUUCGCGGUGCCGGUGCUGGUGGCAACGACGACGCUCAAGAUGUCGCCGUACUACCCGCGCGACGUGUACUGCACGAGCCUGGUGAAGAUAUCCCGCACCAGCGCGCAGGAGAUCCCGUGGAACACGUACGGCUCCCCUGGCGACGUGCUGCAGGCGCCCUACGGCGAGAAGGUAGAGAACGUCGGCUGCUUCAUCGUGCACUCGCCGGUGACGGAGUACGUGCCGCCGGAGCUUAUCACGCUGUACGCGACGAAUGAGUCCGAGUACACGCCGUCGCAGAUCCACCGCAUCGUGCGGGAGAACUACAACCCGGAGGACUGA